AUGGCCCAGGGUAGCACCGAAGCGAUGGAACAACCCAAAAAUGAUGGUUCAUACGCCGUGUACCAGUACAACCUUCGCGAAGUUGCGGCUCCUAUCCUCAGAGGUAUUCCAUUGCUCCUGUUCUCUAGACUCAUCAGAAGCUCGCUUGGAAGUUUCAUCUUGCGAAUGUUAAAGAAGGAUAACGAUAUUCCUUGUGUCAUCCGACUAACGGAAGGUGAUUUGAAGGAAUGGAUGCCCCUGUAUUAUCCAUUGCCUGAAGUACAUGAUGAAGCUCGAUACAACAAACAGCUUGAACUUUCCAAGCGAUUUCAGUUGGAUGAAUUUGCUGCCUCUCACACGAAUGCAAUGAGUAAGGAAGGUGAUUUCAGGUACAACACAGCACAAGACUAUGUUGAAAAAUACAAAAGUGGAGAGCUGACACCAUAUCAAGUAGCCUUGGCAGUAAUUAAAGGAACCAAAGAUUCCAACUCCGCCAAUCCGAUGGCUCUCAAUGCCAUCGUACAAAUGAAAGAGGGCGAGAUAUUGCAGCAGGCGAAGGAGAGCUCUGGACGAUACAAGAAUAACAAAACACUGGGACCUCUAGACGGCGUGCCUGUGACGAUAAAGGAAGAAUGUGAUGUGAAAGGCUACCCAACUACAUAUGGUACAACCUUUUUGGCGGCACUAAACGGAGAGGCCAAAGACGACAGCCCACUUGUCGCCAGGCUUCGUAAGGCUGGAGCAUUAAUUGCAGGAAAAGCCAAUAUGCACGAGUGUGGCAUCGGAACCACAGGAUACAAUUGGCUUUUCGGACCUUCACGAAAUCCGCACGACCUGAAUCAUUUCACUGGCGGAUCGUCCAGUGGAUCGGCGGCUGCCGUUGCUGCAGGAUUAGUACCAUUGGCGUUGGGUUUUGAGUGCGGUGGCUCGAUUCGGAUACCUUCGGCUCUCUGUGGAGUUGUGGGAUUGAAGCCUACUUUCAAACGAUGUGAUAUGGACAUGCCAGUGUCUCCAUCUCUCGACCAUGGGGGUCCUAUUGCGUGCUCUGUGAAGGACGCUGCUGUUGGCUAUGCCAUCAUGGCAGGACCAAACGAAAACGCCAAUGAGUGCAGUAAUCACAUCGGGAUUUCGAUCCCACCCGUUCACCUUGGAUCCUUUUCGGAUAGCUUGAACGGGCUCAAGAUCGGAAUCUUUGAGGAGUAUUUCAAUGAUGCCAAUCCCGAAAUCGUCGAAGUCUGCUCCAAUGCCGUCAAGCACUUGGAGACCGAAGGAGCAGAAGUCAUUAAGAUCUCACUCCCACACAUGGAAGAAGUCAAGAACGCACAUUCAGUGACAGUAUUGACCGAGUUGGCCGCAUUCUGUUCCAAGUACUGUCAUGAGCACAUGAACAAAUUCACUCCCGAGUCUCGAAUUGGCAUUACUCUGGGACAGUCCUUCAGCAGCUGUGAAUUCCUGGCUGCUCAAAAGGUUCGGCGGUAUGCCAUGCAUACCCUGGAAGAAGCAUUCUCUCAAGUGGACGUUAUCCUUUCACCGGCGACCGGAUGCACCGCGCCCGAAGUGCCCAAGAGUGUAGAAAAGUAUGGACAAUCCAACUUGUCGCAGACCGCUAAUCUGAUGAGAUAUGUCUACCACGGGAACUUGUGUGGUAUUCCCGGUGUGGCGGUACCGGUCGGCUACAGUGAGAAGAACAAAGCUUCGGGCAUCAAGGAGCUGCCCAUUUCGCUGUUGAUUCAGGCUCGGCAUUGGGAAGAGGACACAAUCUUGAAGGUAGCCCGCUGUUGCGAAUCCAAUGUUUCUCACAAGAAGCCAAAGGUGUACUAUGAUAUUUUGGAAAUGGCCAAGGCAGAACCACGGGAGUAA